GUAAAUUCUGGGUUUUCCAAAAACACUGGUAUGCUUCGAACUGUUUUCCCUUGGCCUUGGCUGUAUUAAAUGGUGGUAUGUCUCCACUAUCUUAGUUGCUUUUCCACAAUAUGAGCUCUCCUUUUUUUCCUUUUUUUGCUUUUCAAUAUAAUAAAAUGGCUCCAUGUUUUUAUGUUUUUUUCCAUAUCCAUAUAAUGUCAUUUUCCAUUUUAGUUUAGUUUAGUGGUAUAAACUUUUUCUCAAUAAUGUAUGAAAAACUUUAACACGAACCAAUUGAAUUGUUGAUGGUGAUUUCAGCCCCAUGUAAUAUCUGUAAUAAUGAUAUUGUGGGAAUUCUUAUACUUAGAGGGUUCAUUUAUGUAGAAUUCUAUUAUUUCAAGGGUUAUUUGUUCACCAAAGUGAGUAUUAGUCAUUCCAUUGUACUUUUUUUAAGUCAAAGGUCUAAAUUAAAUCUUCAUACUCUACAAGGGAUUAUAUUCAUUUCUAAAACCGUUGCUAAUAGAGUAGGGCAACAUAGUUGAACUUGUGUAACAUAGGAAUAAGGAGAUGAUUCUGACCAUUGGCUCUUAUUGUUAUGGCCUUAACUAAUUAGGUUCGGCUUUUUUUCUUUAUUUUUAGAAUUAUAUCACACUGUAGAGCAAAUGAUUGAAUCUUUGACUUUUUUUUGGUAUAUAAUGGAAAGUAGGAGAUUCGGAUCACAUACAUCUUCGUCAUUAAUACAUCCAUAUGUUAGUUGAGCUAUGUUCAUUUUUCUUAGAGAUAAAGAAAGUUCUUCCAUUCAUAUCGAUAGAGAAUACUUACACUUUCAAAGAAUAAACAAAAUAGUAGCAACAUGAAAGCGAAAUCUAUGGCCAAAAGCUUAACUAGAGUUAGGAGAAUAUUAACCGCAGCCUUAACCAGAAUCACUACCCACGUACUAUAUAAACCACACUACACCUGAAUUCCCAUGCACUCCAAUACCUUUUCUCCAAUCCACAACUUGAAGGGAAAAAAAAAAUGAAGCUCCUUGUUCUAGCCACCCUCACCAUCUCACUGCUCUUCCCUUUCAGCCUCCUCAAUUUCCUCUUCUGCUCUCUCCUCGCCUUCUCUCUCAACUACUGGCUCAUCCCCGGUGGAUUUGCGUGGCGUAAUCACCACCGCUUCUCUGUCAACCUCCCUGGACCCUCUGGUUGGCCACUCCUUGGCACGCUUCCACAAAUGGGGCCACUUGCUCACCGGAAUCUUGCUACCAUUGCUCACUCCUUCAAAGCCACACGCCUCAUGUCCUUUAGCAUGGGCGCUACUCGGGCCAUCAUAAGUAGCCACCCUGACACGGCCAAACAGAUUCUCUGUGGGUCAGCUUUCUCCGACCGACCGGUCAAGCAAUCGGCUAGGCUCAUGAUGUUCGAGAGAGCCAUUGGCUUUGCUCCAAAUGGGGCUUAUUGGCGCAAUCUUCGACGAAUUGCAGCCAACCACAUGUUUUCCCCACGGAAAAUCUCCGACCUGGAGGGGCUCCGUAGGGAGGUGGCGGAUGAAAUGGUGGCAGAGCUGUCGGGAAAUAUGGCAAGUGAGGGGGUGGUGAGGCUGAGAGAAGUGCUGCAGAAGCAUUCUUUGAAGAACAUAAUAGAGAGUGUGUUCGGGAGUGGUAUGGGGAUGGGAAGGAAGGGAGAGCUGAGUGAUAUGGUGAGAGAAGGGUAUGAAUUGAUAGCGAUGUUCAAUUGGGAAGAUUAUUUUCCGGUCAGCUUUUUGGAUUUUAGUGGAGUGAAACGAAGGUGCAAUGAAUUGGCGGGCAGGGUUAAUGUGGUAAUUGGACAGAUCGUUGAAGAGAGAAAAAGAGAAAAUACUGAGUUUCAUAAUGAUUUUCUUACUACUUUGCUAACUUUGCCAAAGGAGGAUCAGUUGAGUGAUUCAGAUAUGGUGGCUGUUUUAUGGGAAAUGAUAUUUCGUGGAACCGACACUAUAGCAAUACUCCUAGAAUGGAUAAUGGCGAGAAUGAUAUUACACCCAGAUAUCCAAGCCAAAGCUCAGAACGAGAUUGACACGUGCGUCGGGUGCAAUAGGCACGUGUGUGAUUCCGACAUACCGAACCUUCCCUACCUCCAAGCAAUAGUGAAAGAGGUUCUUCGUCUACAUCCUCCGGGGCCAUUACUCUCGUGGGCCCGGUUGGCAAUCCACGAUGUCCAUGUGGACAAGAUCUUGAUCCCAGCUGGCACAACGGCGAUGGUGAACAUGUGGGCCAUAGCCCACGACCCGUCGAUAUGGAAAGACCCAUGGACAUUUAAGCCAGAACGGUUCAUUGAAAAUGACAUGUCGAUCAUGGGUUCGGACUUGAGGUUGGCGCCAUUUGGGGCUGGGCGAAGGGCGUGUCCAGGUAGGGCUUUGGGUUUAGCCACUGUGCACCUAUGGCUAGCCAAUUUUCUGCACCGAUUUAGAUGGACUCCAUGUUCAUCCACUAAGUCGGUUAAUUUGUCAGAGUGUUUGAAGUUAUCACUUGAAAUGAAGAAGCCUUUGAAAUGUUGUGUGGUUGGUCGAUGAGUGAAUUGGAUUUUUAAGUUAGUAAAAAUGAGGAAAUUUACUGCGAUAGAAACCUCAUGGAAUGUAGAUUAAUUGUCGUGUAAAUUUAUUAAUAAUGGUUUGUGUUUAUGAUAAUUAAGAAACAAAAGGGAAGGAUGGAUAUGUAGUUGUGAUCAUAAUUGAUGAUUAAGUGUUAAAGUGAAUUAUGAAAUAGUGUUAUUUUUCCUUUUUUCCAAAA